AUGUCAACUUUGAGUGAAAAAUGGCCUUGCUGUACACGCAGGCUGCCAGCGUACUGGACAGCGUACAAGCUAAACAGAGCUCUCUCAAAACAAUAGUACACUCUUCAGAGUUGUACAAGAACAAGAAACAGCUCGUUGCUGUAGUCUGUCGCACACUACAAAGUUACGAGACUCUAGUCGAAAUCGUACGGAUGGUUCGGCUGUUAACUAAAGAACCACAAUUAACACUCAACGUGGCCUGUGUUCUUGUCUAUGACUAUCUCUUUGGGGGUGGCUUACGAUGUGGUGGAAAAUUGAAAUCAACGAUAUUCAGACACAAGACUCAACUGAAGUCUGCAGUCGAGCGACUGAAAGUGAAACGAGGGGUGACGACAAAGAGAGAACUCAUAGCACCAAAGUCAACACAGAGUGUCGUGUUGCCUCGAUAUGUUCGAGUGAACACAAUCAAGUGUACAAUGGCCGACGUGGUGGCACAUUUUGAGAGUGAAGGAAUGAUGUUUCGUCGUCGGUGUGAAUCGUGGGGAGACAUUAUGGAGUUGAUUGAGAGCGGAGGGUUUGUGUUGGACCCACACGUGGAUGACGUUCUCGUGUUUCGUAGCAGUUUGGAUUUGCAUCGGCAUGAGUUGUAUACAUUGGGACAUAUUAUUCUUCAAGGAAAGGCGAGUUGUUUGCCGGCCAAGUUGUUGGCUCCGCCGCCUGGUUCGCUGGUGCUUGAUGCGUGUGCUGCUCCGGGGAAUAAGACGAGCCACUUGGCGUCUAUAAUGAAGAAUUCCGGGACGAUAUUUGCGUUUGAUCUUGAUGUAAAUCGUUUGGAUACGAUGAGGACGUUGCUUGACAAAGCUGGAGUCACUUGUGCCGUUUUGAAACAUCAAGACUUCUUGACAGUUGAUCCCGAGGAUGUCAACUACAGCAAGGUGGAAUAUAUUCUUGUCGAUCCAUCAUGCUCUGGCUCUGGUUGUCUCUCUCAUGUUGACCGUGCUUUAGACAAGCAAGACAAACCAACUCGGCGUCUCCGGCGACUUCAGAAAUUUCAGCUUGCUGUACUUCUCCACUCGUUCAAGUUUUCAUCAGCCAAACGAAUCGUGUACUCAACGUGCUCCACGUAUGCAGAGGAAAACGAAGGUGUCGUAUCACUAGCACUAGAACAGUGCAACAACACGUUCCAUCUCACAAACGUGAUGCCUGAAUGGCCAAGAAGAGGCUUACCAGUAUUCACAGAUGCUGCCAAGUGCAUCCGAACAUCAACCGAAGACAUGAUGCAAGGCUUCUUCAUCGCCGCAUUCGAACGAGCCCAACAAAAUCCCAAUCCUCCACAUACACAAGUCAUGUCCAGCCGAUCAGCACCGAACACCACUCGACUACCACCACAGACGCAAUCAAAGUCAAGAAAGAGAAAACGAACACACAAAUCGGUCGUCGACUAAGGUAAUCAACCACCGCAGCAUACAUACGGCAUAUCUGCUU